CGGUGCUCAAUCAGGUGGCCGGGUUGCUGGGCAGCGGGGAAGGCGGCCAGACUGAGAGUUGGACGGACGCGGUGCGCCUGGGCCUGGAAGGCUGCCAGCGCCUCUACCCAGUGCUGCAGCAGUGCUUGGUGCGAGCUGCCCGCCGGAGGGGCGCCGCCGCCCCGUCCUGAUUGGAAAACCCGAGCAACAAGGAUGCGGAUGACUGCUGAUGUCCUUCUUUCCCAAACGGCCCGGCUGCUGGUCGCCUGCCUUGGCCGAGCUGAGAAACGAGAGUGGGAGGCAGCGCACACUGAACCGAAGCGCUGGACAGCUGUGUUGGAACGGUUUAAAGGGCCUUAGCAGCCUUACUCCCAAGUUGGAAAGGACUUCGGCUGGAUUACCUGGUAAAUGAGCUGUGUUCUUGUAAGGGAUGGACCCUGUGCAGGCCAGCCAUUGGCUCCAGUGUAUGAUAAACUGCUUCUUUUGAGAGGAUGGACAAGGGACUUUGCCUUCUCACUACCCGAACUAAAACAUAAAAACCUUUUUUAUACCUGAAAAUACAUCUUGUGGCUUUUCUUGGUACUACAGUUAGAAACAAUGCCGUUUUGAACUGGG